CCAUCUUUAAUGUACAUACUGAAGAGAUUGACGAGAAGAAAACAUUGAAAUUUGAAGUAAAGAAGGUUCGGUAAUCGUGGACGUGGCUGCCAAAACAAAAAGAUAUACGAAUUCAUUAUUACUUACUAAAGUGAUAGGCGGUAUGAAGACAGCAUCAUAGCGAAGCCAUGGCUGAUAAAAGAAAACUACAAGGUGAAAUAGAUCGAUGUUUGAAAAAAGUUGCAGAAGGUGUCGAACAGUUUGAAGACAUUUGGCAAAAGUUACACAAUGCAGCCAACGCCAACCAGAAGGAAAAAUAUGAGGCUGACCUCAAGAAGGAGAUCAAAAAGCUCCAACGACUACGAGACCAGAUUAAGACAUGGGUGGCAUCCAACGAGAUCAAGGAUAAGAGGCAGCUAGUGGAGAACCGCAAGCUGAUCGAGACGCAAAUGGAGCGGUUCAAAGUGGUGGAGAGGGAGACGAAAACGAAAGCCUACUCCAAGGAGGGCCUGGGGUUGGCCCAAAAAGUGGACCCCGCACAGAAGGAGAAGGAGGAAACGGAACAGUGGCUAACGAAUACGAUAGACAACCUAAACAUGCAGGUGGACCAGUUUGAGAGUGAAGUGGAGUCCCUGUCUGUCCAGACCAAGAAAAGGAAGGGAGACAAAGAGCAGAAACAAGACCGCAUCGAGGAGCUGAAGCGGCUGAUCGAGCGGCACCGGUACCAUAUCCGCAUGCUGGAGACCAUCCUGCGAAUGCUGGACAACGACUCGGUGCAGGUGGACGCCAUCCACAAGAUCAAGGACGACGUGGAGUACUACAUCGACUCCUCGCAGGACCCCGACUUCGAGGAGAACGAGUUCCUCUACGACGACCUGGACCUGGAAGACCUACCAGCUACAGCUCUCAUGGCCACGUCUCCUCAAGGUAACAACUUGGAGGACGACAUGUUCCUGCCCUCAAGCAGCACGCCCACGUCCACCACCUCCUCCUCGCCCAUCCCGCCAUCGCCCGCAACUGGCACAACGGAGAACUCGGAAGAGGACAAGAAGAGAGGGCGAUCUACGGACAGUGAAGUUAGCCAGUCGCCUGUGAAAAAUGGAAACCCGUCGCACUUGUCCUUCUCCUCCUCGUCGUCCUCGUCCUCGGGCUCCACCCCCUCCUCGGUGUCCAUGGCGACGGUGGUGGGGGGCGGUCCCACGGCGGUCUCCAGCGGCGGCGGUGGCGGCGGCCUCCUGGGCAGCUUCAGCACGGUGGUGCAGCAGCACCCGGUCCAGUCCCAAUCCCAGCAGCCCCCACUACAGCCGCAGCAGCAGCCCCCACAGCAACCGCAGCAGCCACAGACCAAGACCCCCACCACCCCCACCCCCCUGCCCUCAAACAGCACUCCCAGCCCCCACAGCCACCCCACACUCCCCACCUCCUCCACCACCCCGUCCCUGCCCAGCUCCAGCACCCCGGCGCCGGCCACGCCAAACGCCCAGCCCCCCGUGUCCUCGGUGCCCAACUCGGCCGCCUCGGCCCUGGGCCUGGGGCUCGGCCUGGGCCUGGGCAAGGCCGGCGUGACGGUGCCCAGCAGCUCGGCCCAGAUGCCCGGUGGCGCCCUGGGCCUGUCGGGGAUGCCCGGCUCCAUGAGCACCAUGGCGGGCCUGCUCUCCACCUCCACCCCGACCCCGUACGCCCAGGCGGCGGCGGCGGGAGGGGUGGGCAGCGCCCCCGGCGGACAAGUAGGGAGCGGCGCGGGCAGCGGCGGCGUCUCCACGGGAGCCAGCAGCGUGGUGGGAGCCGGAGUAGGAGGAGGCGCGGGGGCCACCAGCAACGGCACGGGCUCCUCGCUGGGCCUGCUGGGCUCCAGCCCUGGGCACGGGGCCCUCGGAGCCAGUAUCUUGGGCCUGGUGCCGGGACAGACGUCGUCUCUACAGGGGCCGCCUCAGGUUCCCCACAGCCCCGUGGGCACGGCCCCUGGCUCGGGGUCCAGCGUGGGCGUCCUCGGGGGUAACGGGAGCAGCACAGGGGCAGUGGGAGCGGGAGUCGGGGGCAACGGAGCUCCAGCCAGACCACCCAGUGUUCUCAAACAGAAUGGAGGCACAAGUUACAGCGCCGUUGUCGCGGACAACACGCCUGACUCCACCCUCAACAGCGGUAGCCAAUCACAGAGCAGCCAGCCCACGUCGCUCAGUUCCUCGGGCAACCCACCGCUGGAUAACGGCCCCAGUCUCCUGAGCUCCAUCACCCUCCCCCCCUCCUCGCCAUCCCCCUCCUUCACAGACACCACGCCCGGCGGAGGCAGUCUGCUCAACGGCCCGCACUCCUACACGCCCAACUCUGAGGUCAUCAAGGUGCGCCCCAGUCCGCCCAGUCAAGUCAAGCCCCCACCACCACCACCAGACACCCAAGGUGGACUCUGGGACAGACAGUGGCCUAGUGCCCCUGAGCCGUUGAGUUCUCUGGCAGCCAUGGCAAAGAGGGCAGCCCUGGGCCCAGCACUGGAUGGAGAGAUUUCCUCCCUACAUCUCUCAGAGAGAGACAUCUUCAUGAGCUCGUCGGCCCCCAGCGGGCCCCCCGUGGCUCCCCAGCCGGCCGUGUCGGAGGUGAACCUGCCGCCGUCGUUAGGGGUGUGUCCCCUGGGCCCCACGCCCCUCUCCAAAGAGCAGCUCUACCAGCAGGCCAUGCAGGAGUCCGCAUGGACACACAUGCCCCACCCCUCGGACUCAGAGAGGAUCAGGCAGUACCUGAUGAGGAACCCGUGCCCCACCCUGCCCUUCCAUCACCAGGUGCCCCCCCACCACUCCGACUCCAUCGAGUUCUACCAGAGACUGUCCACAGAGACCCUCUUCUUCAUCUUCUACUACCUGGAGGGUACCAAGGCACAGUAUUUGUCCGCUAAAGCUCUUAAGAAACAGUCGUGGAGGUUCCACACAAAGUACAUGAUGUGGUUCCAGAGGCACGAGGAGCCCAAGACCAUCACCGACGAGUUUGAACAGGGCACAUACAUCUACUUUGACUACGAGAAGUGGGGCCAGCGCAAGAAGGAAGGUUUCACCUUUGAAUAUCGCUACCUGGAGGACCGAGACCUGCAGUGACCGACCGUCCAAUGAGGAUAGGAGAGGAGAGGGGACGGACGGAUGGGGUAGUGGUGGUAGCGCUGUGGGACAAAGCUGACAAGAUGGCCGCCAUGGAGAAUGUGCUGCUGUUGACAUUCCGAGACUGAACUCCAUGUCGUGAUGAUUUUUUUUUCCUCAGUUUUUUUUUUUUUUUUUUUUUUAAGCCGGUUGUUAAGUAGGCCUUUAUCUUAAAGGGGGAGGGGAAGGGGCACAAGAGAGAGGAGGGGGUCGAGUGCCUGUUUACAUACAAACAUUUGAACCUCUCUUUGCAGUCCUCUUACCCAGCAACACUUCUGUUUUACCCCCCUUUAAAAACACCACCACGCACCCCCAGCACCCCGUCAGACGGUGUAGCUACACUCAAAAAAAAACUCCAAUUGGGAAAACAAAAGGAAAAAUACACACACAGACACGCAUACAUCGCAUCGCCACCAGUGUAAUUUGACCCCUGUGCUCUGCUCUGCUGUGGCCGAGUCUGCGGAUGUUUUCUGAAAGCAGUUCUGUAGUUGCUCACCUUGGCCGCCCCACUGCCCACCGGCACCAUGACAGACCAGGGCCUGGCCCUACUUUGCUUUGAAGAGGGACGAGAUGUUAAUUAAAUUGCUAUGCAAUUGAAUUCUACUCUGCCUCCUCUCUGUCAACAGGAAAUGUGGAAAUACAGCAUUAUAUAUAGUUAUAUAUAAGUAUAUGUAUACUUAUCCAGGCAACAACAACAAAAAUGACCCUCGACAUUCAACUUGACAUUUUUGUUCCACCGCUGCCUGUGCUCAUUCAUUUUAGGAGCAGCCAGCAAAUCCCCAUAUACUUCAAAGUAAAUAUCAAAUAAGACAACAAAUAAAAGGAAGAAAAAUCAGUGGCAGGAAGUUAUCCUUUUUCUCACUAACAGUGUGUAGGUUGUUUGUGGUUUAAAAAAAGAAGUAUAUCUAUAUAUAUCUUUUUUUGUCAUGUGGAAAGCUCGGAAAGUUCUGAUGUAAAAACAAAAAAAAAGAAAAGUACUCCCACCCUUGUAUGCCGUUAUUUCAUUUUGGAAACCAAACUUCACGAAUUCCCUCUCAUUUGUCCUACUAGGAGCACACUCAUUUUAAAGAAAAUCAUCGUUUUCCCUUAUACUCUGUGUCCGUAUGCGUUUAAAAGCCUCCUCUUAGUUCAAAACGUGUCCUCAGUGAAUUUUCUUAACUUCAUUUAUUUUCCUUCAUUUUUUUGGAGGGAAAACCCACAAUCUGUAUUUCAAACAAGCAAACGUUAAGAAACUGUGUAGAAAUUUUAAAAAAGAGAAAUUAUUUUUGGCUUAAGGAAGGAAAGGGCAGCUGACAGACAACAUGUGAAUUUCUCUCCAAAAAAUAAGUACAAAAUUAUGUAUAGAGUUGAUUUCUCAUCUUUGCUUUUUUGACACUGUCAGGAUAGCAUGUGAUAUGCCAUUCAGUAAGCCUGAAAUGGAAAAAAGAGGAUUGUACAAUUUCAAUAAAAUACUUUUGUGAACA